AUGACCUGUGUGUCCCACAGAGGGAGUAGACCAGGGGGACACCCCAAACACAGAAGGAGGAGACCAGGGAGACCCAGGACACAGAAGGAGGAGACCAGGAGGAGACCCAGGACACAGAAGGAGGAGACCAGGACACAGAAGGAGGAGACCAGGACACAGAAGGAGGAGACCAGGAGGAGACCCAGGACACAGAAGGAGGAGACCAGGACACAGAAGGAGGAGACCAGGAGGAGACCCAGGACACAGAAGGAGGAGACCAGGGAGACCCAGGACACAGAAGGAGGAGACCAGGAGGAGACCCAGGACACAGAAGGAGGAGACCAGGACACAGAAGGAGGAGACCAGGACACAGAAGGAGGAGACCAAGAGGAGACCCAGGACACAGAAGGAGGAGACCAGGAGGAGACCCAGGACACAGAAGGAGGAGACCAGGAGGAGACCCAGGACACAGAAGGAGGAGACCAGGAGGAGACCAGGACACAGAGGGAGGAGACCAGGGAGAGACCCAGGACACAGAGGGGAGGACACCAGGAGGAGACCAGGACACAGAGGAGGAGACCAGGAGGAGACCCAGGACACAGAGGGAGGACACCAGGAGGAGACCCAGGACACAGAGGAGGAGACCAGGAGGAGACCCAGGACACAGAAGGAGGACACCAGGAGGAGACCCAGGACACAGAGGAGGAGACCAGGAGGAGACCAGGACACAGAGGGAGGACACCAGGAGGAGACCAGGACACAGAGGGAGGAGACCAGGAGAGACCCAGGACACAGAGGAGGAGACCAGGAGGAGACCAGGACACAGAAGGAGGAGACCAGAGGAGACCAGGACACAGAGGGAGGAGACCAGGAGGAGACCAGGACACAGAAGGAGGAGACCAGGAGGAGACCAGGACACAGAGGGAGGAGACCAGGAGGAGACCCAGGACACAGAAGGAGGAGACCAGGAGGAGACCCAGGACACAGAAGGAGGAGACCAGGAGGAGACCCAGGAAAAUGAUCAAUAAAACUCCUGCGAGGAGACCAGGAGGAGACCAGGACACAGAGGGAGGAGACCAGGAGGAGACCAGGACACAGAGGGAGGGGACCAGGAGGAGACCAGGACACAGAGGGAGGAGACCAGGAGGAGACCAGGACACAGAGGGAGGAGACCAGGGAGAGACCCAGGACACAGAGGGAGGACACCAGGAGGAGACCCAGGACACAGAGGGAGGACACCAGGAGGAGACCCAGGACACAGAAGGAGGACACCAGGAGGAGACCCAGGACACAGAGGGAGGAGACCAGGAGGAGACCCAGGACACAGAGGGAGGAGACCAGGAGGAGACCAGGACACAGAGGGAGGACACCAGGAGGAGACCAGGACACAGAGGGAGGAGACCAGGGAGAGACCCAGGACACAGAGGGAGGACACCAGGAGGAGACCAGGACACAGAAGGAGGAGACCAGGAGGAGACCAGGACACAGAGGGAGGAGACCAGGAGGAGACCCAGGACACAGAAGGAGGACACCAGGAGGAGACCCAGGACACAGAAGGAGGAGACCAGGAGGAGACCCAGGACACAGAAGGAGGAGACCAGGAGGAGACCCAGGACACAGAAGGAGGAGACCAGGAGGAGACCCAGGAAAAUGAUCAAUAAAACUGUGACAUGA